AUGUCUGCCCUCUACCCAAACCCCACAUCUGCUGCCGGCAGCGAUGCGCGGACUAACGUCGUUUACGCCGCGGAUCGACUCAAAGAGAAAUUCCCUGAAAGCAUCAGCUGGGAUGACCUCGUUGCAUUCGUGCUGCCAGCGCAUAAACGCAGCGAAGAGCAGACCGAGCUAUUUAGGCGCUUUCUCCAGGUGAAUCCUCGAGUCAGCUACGAUGCAACGACGGACAGCUACACGUUCAAACCGCUACACAACAUUGCCUCGGCCGACGGCCUGCUGAAGUUCCUGCAAAACCAGGAGUCGGCACUGGGAAUCAACGUGCGGGAGUUGAAGGAUGGAUGGAAUGAUGUAGAAGAGACCAUCGACCGACUCGAAGCUGAGCACAGGCUCCUUGUGAUCCGGAACAAAAAAGACCAUCACCCACGCAUGGUGUGGAUAGAUGACCCGACACUCGAUGCGCCUCUGGACCAAGAGUUCAAGGACAUUUGGUCACAAGUCGCCUUACCUUCGGUCGAGGACACGAUCAAAGAGUUGCGAAGGAUGAACCACAAAUCUACAGGCGAGCCCGCGCGACCAGACGUCGUGGCGAAGCCGAAGAAGGAGAAGAAGAAGGUUCGCCGCGGGCAGAAGAUUACAAACGUGCAUAUGCAGGGCUUGUUCAGAGAUUACUCGGAGAGAAGGCCCCAGGGUGGGAAAUAG